AUGCCCGAGGCCGUGCACUACAUCCACCUGCAGAACUUCAGCCGCUCGCUGCUGGAGACGCUCAACGGGCAGCGCGUGGCCGGCCAGUUCUGCGACGUCACCGUGCGCAUCCGCGAGGCCUCCCUGCGCGCCCACCGCUGCGUGCUGGCCGCCGGCAGCCCCUUCUUCCACGACAAGCUGCUGCUGGGCCACUCGGCCAUCGAGGUGCCGCCCGUGGUGCCCUCGGCCGCCGUGCGCCAGCUGGUCGAGUUCCUCUACAGCGGCAGCCUGGUGGUGGCCCAGUCCGAGGCGCUGCACAUCCUCACCGCCGCCUCCGUGCUGCAGAUCAAGACCGUCAUCGACGAGUGCACCCAGAUCAUCUCGCAGGGCCGCGGCCCCGCCGCGCUGCCCGCGCCCCGCAAGCCGCCGGCGCCGCCGCCCGCCUCCCCGCCGCGGCUCCCGGGGCUCUCGGAGCCGGCGCCCGGCGGCCACAGCCGCAAGCAGCGGCAGCCGCUGCGCCUGGCGCCCGCGCUCAAGGAGGAGCGGGAGGACUUGGAGGAGGAGGAGGAGGAGGAGGACUUGGAGGAGGAGGAGGAGGAGGAGGAAGGAGAGGACGAAGGCCGGCCGCAGGAAGGCGUCGCCCCGCCGGGCGUGGCCCCCCCGCCCUUCCCCGCCCCGGACCCCCCGUUUUUCGGCGCCCCCGAGGUUUUCCCCGACGCUUUCCUGCCGCCCUGGCCCGGCGACGACGACGACGGCGGCGGCGGCGGCGCCUUCGGGCCCCGGCGCGGCCGGGAGGCGCCGGGCGGGGACGGGUUCGGGUUCGGGGCUCCCCCGCCUUUGCCGCCGCCCUACGAGGGGGGCGCGGAGGGGGGAGCCGUCCCCACGGCCCCCCCGGCGCCCCCCGCCGCGCCCCCCCGCGGCCCCCAGCCCCCGUACCAGUGCGGGCACUGCCAGAAGAGCUUCAGCUCGCGCAAGAACUACACCAAGCACAUGUUCAUCCACUCAGGCGAGAAGCCCCACCAGUGCUCCGUCUGCUGGCGCUCCUUCUCCCUCCGCGACUACCUGCUGAAGCACAUGGUGACGCACACGGGCGUGCGCGCCUUCCAGUGCGGCGUCUGCUGCAAGCGCUUCACGCAGAAGAGCUCCCUCAACGUGCACAUGCGCACGCACCGCCCCGAGCGCUUCCAGUGCCGCCUCUGCACCAAGGGCUUCUCCCACCGCACCCUCCUGGAGCGCCACGCGGCCGCCUCCCACCCCGCGCCCCCGCCGGGGCCGCCGCCGUCGCUGGGGCCGCCGGUACCGCUGGGGCCGCCACCGCCGCCGCUGGGGCCGCCAGUGCCAUCGCUGGGGCCACCACCAGGGCCACCAGUACCUCUGGGGCCGCCACCACCACCAUCUCUGGGGCCGCCACCACCAUCUCUGGGGCCACCACCGGGGCCAUCAGUACCACUGGGGCCGCCGCCACCAUCGCUGGGGCCACCACCACCACCGCUGGGGCCACCACCGGGGCCAUCAGUACCGCUGGGGCCACCGCCACCAUCUCUGGGGCCACCACUGCCAUCGCUGGGGCCACCACCGGGGCCAUCAGUACCGCUGGGGCCACCGCCGCCACCGCUGGGGCCACCACCGGGGCCAUCAGUACCGCUGGGGCCACCGCCGCCACCGCUGGGGCCACCGCCGCCGGAGCCCGGGAUGGGCACGUGGCCGGACGCGGCGGGCGCCGGCCCCGCUCACACGGCGUGA